GAUACAAAAAUAUACUGAUUUCCAUCAAACUGUUUUUCAUCGAAUAGUUUUAAUUAAUCAAAAGGAUUGGUGAGGCUACACGGCGAGAUCUUUCAUCGAGCCGCCCAAACCAUCCGGAUCAUAUCGCAAUAGUCUUUCGGCGCUGUCUCCAUAUAGCGGUAAGAUGUAGACGGUAGCACCGUCUCUUAUCAACGUGGCGAAACAUUGCAACUUUUGGUGGGAAAAACCGUUAAUUCAAAUAUAGAUUCCUGUAAUUUGAUUUAUUAGUAUGCUAUUUAUAGUAACAAUGUAUUUUAAAUACUGAUUUCAAUUUUAAAAUUAUUUUCAACUCCUCCUCCUCCCCCUACUCCGAUACAGCGGUCCUAGCCGGCAUUGAACUGUUCGCUUAUAGGGACGUACAGAAAUAUCGAUAUUCUACUUUUCGAUAUUCUACUUUUCGAUAUUUCGUUAUAUUAAAAAAGUCUUUCUAUUUAGAUAAUAACUAUCGAUAUCAAUCGAUAUUAAAAAAAUAUGUCGAUUCAUUCCUACUUUUUCUUCAACGAGGAAGAUAGGGUGAUAUAAAGAAACAGAGAUAUUCUUAUCCCCACUUAUUUUUACUCCCACUAUAUCAAUGUCUAGUCAUAUAUAGUAAAAGCCACUAAAAGUAUUAGUUCAGAAUGGCCGAAGAAAAUAAUUUACAAACCCUCUCUCAACAGACCAGUUUUACUAUUCAACAUCAAUCUAUACUUAGUAUAUUACAAUCUCCUCCUAGGGAAGAAGAAGAAACUAUAACCUGCGAACAAUAUACAAAAGAAAAUAUAGAAGAAAUUAAGCGACUGUUUUGUGCUAUUUGUCAAGACAUGGUUGAUUGCUACGAAACAUGUGUGCCAAAUACAUGUUCACACUUUUUUUGCUUAAACUGUAUAUUAACAUGGAAUGAUGUACGUUACGAUUCAAAAAUGACAACUAAGUGUCCACUAUGUGGUUUACAUUAUAAAUAUUUAGUGCAGUUUCGAAAAGAUAUAAUUAGAUAUUACUUUGUCCAGAGUAUAAAAAGGGGAUUAAAAUAAAUGUGACUAUAAAUAUUUGCAGUUUUAUUUCACAUCAUGUAAAAAUUCUAUUGAUUUAACACAAAACCGAUUAAACCGAUUGAUAUUUCAAAACAUUGCUCAUCUCUAAUAUAAAUAUAAAAUUUAAAAAAUAAAACCAGUAUCACAGGUUCAACGAUCUCAGAGAGAACCGAGAACAAGAUACCUGCAGAUAUAAUCUCAGAUCGACCUCGCCUCUGUCGACCAGUUGCUUAUAAAAGACAAAGGCAGUCAGAUGGUUUGGUUGUAAAUUUCGCACCCAUUGCAAUAAAAUUAAGGGUAUUUUGAUAAACAUUAUUUGUGUUAGUUAAAGUUAAUAUCUAUAGUUUUGGUAAGUUAUAGUUUUACAUAUUCAUCUAAUAAAAUUAAGACUUCUAUUCAAAAACUUGUCCAGUUUUAAUUGUAUUUUACAUUUAAUUUAAAAUAAAAAUAACAUUCUUCAAAUUUAACUCGUAGUAAACAUUAAAAUAGUAUAUAAUAUAUAAUAGUAUAACAUAUAUUCUAUUAUAAUUAAUAGAAUAAUAUAAAAAAAUAAAAAUAAUAUAAAAACACUCAGAUAAAUAGAUUAACAAAAAAGAUAAAAAAACAGUCAGUAAUCCCACUAUGGACAAAUCAAAUAAAUAAUAGUAAACACAACUAAACAUUAACCACAGUAAAAUUAAAAUAGACAAACUAUACUAAUAAACAGAUAAACUACAAAACAGACAGCAUGUCUAAAUUUAAUUCAAUAUUCAUAAACAGUAGAAAAAAUAUAACCAACAAACACUCAACCACAAUAAAACAAACAAACAAACAGAUAACAAAGACGCUAACAAAACUAAUUGUCUAAAUUUAAUUCAUACAUAUAGUAAAAAAAUACAACCAACAAUAAAAACAAACAAACAACACUAACAGACAGGUAAACCGCAAAACAGACAACAAACACACUAACAAAACUGUCUGUCUAAAUUUAAUUCACAUAUAUAGUAAAAAAAUACAACCAACAAUAAAAAUAAAUAAACAGAUAAACCGCAAAACAAACAACAAACACACUAACGAAACUGUCUGUCUAAAUAAUUUAAUUCACAUAAAUAGUAAAUUAUAACCAACAAUAAAAAUAAACAAACAGAUAAACCGCAAAACAGACAACAAACACACUAACAAAACUGACUGUCUAAAUUUAAUUCACCAUGGAUACAUGAACAGUAGAAAAUCACAACCAACAGUAACUAGAGUAAAAUUAAAGUUCAUCAAAUUAACAUAAUAAUGAGUUGUAACAUAGAAUUUUUUAUAGAACUAAAGUACCAACAUGUUCAAUUAUACAUCUUGUGUUAAAUCUUUUAGUCUUAAACAUCAUAUGAGAGUAGCUUGUAACUAGUCAAGUUUUUCAACUGAUGGCUUGGAAAGUCUGCUGAAAAAAGGAGAGAUUUUGUGAAAAUCGGGAAUCACAUGACAAAAGAUCGAUUUUCGGCAGAAUCAGAAUAAAAUUGAAAGAUGUUUAUUUGCCCAUCCUGUAAAAAAAACUUUACUCGUAAAGACAACCUAUCUCGCCAUUUAAAAAGUGCCUGCAACAAAUCAUCCUUUCUAAACAGAUGGUUGACAACGUCUACACCUGAAGAAAAAAAGAAAUAUUGUGAAGAAUGCAAAGAGUCAAUAUCACAAAAUUUAUGGUUUGGUCAUCUGCGAUCAAACACACACAAAAAUAAUUCUAAAAUAAUUGAACAACCUGGAGUACAAAUUAUUAAAUCUGCAUUCAAAGAACGAAUAAUAACAUAUAGAUUAUCUAUGGAGGAGAUGAUCUUAAAUGUUAAAAAUUACUUUAUAAAAUUGGAAAAAAAGAUUCUUCGUAUAUUUGAGGAUCAAUUAAGAAAACACACAUGCCUUAAAAUUAAUAUGGAGCUUUUUGGCUAUUAUUAUAAUCCAAGUACUGAUAAUCAUGAUGUAAAAUCAUUCAACACUCCAUUUAAAGUCAUUUGCAAUAGUGCCGAAACAAAGGAUUUGAUAGAAGAAUUUGUAACAGUUAUUGACAAUAAGGCAGAUGAGUUUGCAGAAAAAGAUUCGGGAUGGAUCUUACUUAAUUUUAUUCAUUUGGAAAUUAACAUUAAUAAAUUCAAUCCUUUGAGAGCAUCAUCAUUUAUUGAACUACCUCCUGAAAUAGUACGACGUCAAGCUGUAGUUAACAUAAGAAAUAACGAUGACUACUGCUUCGCAUGGUCCAUAGUUGCAGCUCUUCAUCCUCCAACAGGUGUUGACUUUGUUACAUCAUCAUACCCUCAUUAUUCAACGGUUUUGAACACUGCAGGUAUUGAUUUUCCAAUAACAUUAAAAAACAUUAAAAAAUUUGAAAAUCAAAACAAUAUUUCUAUUAAUGUAUACGGUUUAGAAAAAUAUUAUAAUAAAAUUUCUAAAAAUGAAGAAUAUGAAAUAAUUGGUCCUCUACAUUUCACAAAUGCUAAAAAAAAUAUUCAUGUUAAUUUAUUAUUGAUAAACGAUGAUGAUGGAAAUCUUCAUUAUUGCUACAUUUCCGAUCUUUCUAAAUUAAUUUCUAAACAACUUAGCAAACACAAUGGUAGAAAAUAUUUAUGUGAAGGAUGUUUGCAAUAUUUUGAUACAGAACAAAAAUUACAAUACCAUAAUAGUUAUGAUUGUGAUCAUGUUAAAAUUAAUUUACCUUCUAAAGAACUAGUUAAAGAUAAAUAUGGAAAUGUGGCAUAUGAAAAUAUAUUAAAAUAUACAAAUUAUCAAAAACAAAUGGAAGUUCCUUUUGUGAUUUAUGCAGACUUUGAAUGUAUUUUAAAACCAUUAAAUAAUAAUGAAAAUGUAGAAGAUCCAAAUAGUUCAUAUACUGUAAAAAAUUUUGAACAUAUUCCAUACUCUUUUGCGUAUUAUGUCAAAUGUUCAUUUGAUGAUACAUAUUCUAAGUUUGAAAAAUAUAGAGGUUUGGAUAGUGAAAAAGUUUUUAUAAAUUCUCUAGAACAAGAUGCGUUAAAUUUAUAUCAAACAUUUUUAAAGACUCCUAAGAAAAUGAAUACUCUAACUGAAUUAGAACAAACUACACAUAACAAUGCCACAAAAUGUCAUAUUUGUGAUAAACCACUUUUAGGGGAUAAAGUUGCCGAUUAUUGUCACAUUACAGGCAACUAUAGAGGACCAGCUCAUUCUUUGUGUAAUAUAAAUUAUAAAAUUCCUAAUUUUAUUCCAGUUAUAAUGCACAACUUACGUAAUUACGACAGCCACCUAUUUUUAAAGAAUAUGUGUUCAAAUAAAGAACAAAUAUCAGUAAUUCCACAAAAUAAAGAAAAAUAUAUUUCCUUUGAAAAACAUAUUCAUGUAGACAAUUAUUUUGAUAAACAUACAAGAAAUUUAAAAAAAAAGAAUCUAUCACUUAGAUUUAUCGACUCAUUUCAAUUCUUAUCAUUUUCUUUAUCUAAACUUUCAGAUACCCUCAAAGAUGAACAAUGUAUAGAAAUAAGAAAAUUUUUUAAUGAUGAGGAACAUUUUAAACUUAUUCGUCAAAAAGGUGUGUUUCCUUAUAAUUACAUCGAUAGUUUUGAAAAAUUAGAGGAAAAAUUUCUCCCUGAAAAAGAUGAGUUUUUUAAUAGUUUAACAGAUGAACAUAUUUCUGACGAGGAAUAUGAAAGAGCUCUUAAAGUUUGGAAAUUAUUUGAAUGCGAAUGUAUAGGACAUUAUUCAGAUAUAUAUUUGCUAUCUGACACAAUGCUUUUAGCUGAUAUUUUCGAAAAUUUUCGAAAAACAUGUUUGUCUACUUAUAAACUAGACCCUGCACACUUCUAUACUUUUCCAGGGUUAAGUUGGGAAGCUUGUUUACGAUUUACAGGCAUAGAACUGGAAUUACUGAUAGAUCCAGAUAUGAUACAUUUUUUUAAAAAUAGCGUUCGUGGUGGAGUAAGUUCAUGCAUAACACGGAAAUCUGAAGCAAAUAAUCCUUUUCUUUCAAAAUUUGAUGCAACAAAACCUAAUAAGUAUAUAAUGUACUAUGAUGCAACAAACUUGUAUGGUUUUGCAAUGUCCCAAUAUCUGCCAACAGGUGAUUUUGUAUGGUUGUCAGAAAAAGAAAUAAAAGAUCUAGAUAUUUUUUCAUUUUCUAAUACAUCUAGCAAAGGUUAUGUUUUAGAAGUUGAUUUAGAAUAUCCUGAACACCUUCAUGACUACCACAACGAUUUCCCUUUUUGUCCAGAAAAUUAUAAACCACCUAAUUCAAAAUCUACAAAAUUAAUUCCAAAUUUGUACAAUAAAUCAAAAUAUGUUAUUCAUUACCAAUUUCUAAAACAAUGUUUGCAAAACGGUCUUAAGUUAACUAAAAUCCAUAGAGUGAUACAAUUUUCUCAAUCUGCUUGGUUGAAAAAAUUUAUAGAUUUAAACACAAAGUUACGUAAUGAGUCUAAAAAUGAAUUUGAUCGUCACACCUUUAAAUUAGCAAACAAUAGUAUAUAUGGAAAAACAAUGGAAAAUGUGGAUAGGAGAGUUGAUGUAAGACUUGUUACCGAAUGGGAAAAAAACAAAAGGAAAGAUGGGGCUGAAAAUCUCAUUGCAAAACCGUAUUUUAAAGAUUUAACUGUUUUCUCAGAAAAUUUAGUAGCCAUACAAAUGCAAAAAAUAUCGAUUACAUACAACAAACCAAUAUAUGUUGGCUUUUCCAUAUUAGAUAUUUCAAAAACGGUUAUGUAUGAUUUUUUUUAUAAUUUUUUAAAACCUUUGUAUAAAGAUAAUGUAGCUCUUCUGUAUACAGACACUGAUUCAUUUAUACUUGAAAUUACAACAAAUAAUGUUUAUCAUGAUAUGCAUAAAAAUAUUCAUAAAUUUGAUACCUCCAAUUAUUUGCCAAAUAUACACAUGAGAUGCCUAUAA